CGUUGACAAAAAUGACACGAACAUCAAAGCCUUCACAACUGAUAACUACAAUACUCUCUCUCUCUCUUUCUUUCUCUCUCUUUCUCUGAACCCUAAUUCAGCUUCUCUAAGCUUGUGGCUUAUGCUCCGCUUGGAGUCUCUGCAGAUAAUCAUCAAGAUAUCUAAGUCAGGGGAAUGGAUUCUGGAUCUGUUGAUUCAUCAACUCCAUCUGUUAAAGCUCCCAAUGUACAACCUCAUGCUGCAAGUGAUCCUGGAACAGAUAAUUCCCCACGUGAUGCACCUUCUAAGCUAUCUGCACCUGGCUUAGCAUCUUGGGCCAAAAGUUUGAAAAUUCCCCAGCCAUUGUCUUCCUCACAAGAUGGUUCACCAACUGGAAAUUCUGGGAAAUCAAGUUUUGCCCGUUUUACUAGUGGAUUUGGACUGCGCUUGUCUCCAAAAUCCCCUCCAGCUGAUGAUAGUUCGGAGGGAACUUCAACAACUUCACAACCUGGUUUUAUUGGAACAAUCACUAAAGGCUUGGUUGAUACAUCCAAGAAUGCAGUAAAGGCUGUACAAGUCAAGGCUCGACAUGCUGUCUCUCAAAAUAAGCGAAGAUACCAGGAAGGAGGUUUUGAUUUGGAUAUGACUUAUAUCACAGAGAAUAUAAUUGCCAUGGGGUUCCCUGCUGGUGAUAUGAGCUCUGGGUUUUUUGGAUAUUUUGAGGGAUUCUAUCGAAACCACAUGGAAGAAGUGAUUAAGUUUUUUGAAACUCAUCACAAGGGCAAGUACAAAGUAUACAAUCUUUGUUCUGAGAGGCUGUAUGAUGCAUCAUUACUUGAAGGAAAGGUGGCUAGUUUUCCGUUUGAUGACCACAAUUGCCCUCCAAUUCAACUGAUAAUAUCAUUCUGCCAAAGUGCAUACUCGUGGUUGAAGGAGGAUAUUGAGAAUGUCGUUGUGGUGCACUGUAAGGCUGGAAUGGCAAGGACAGGGCUGAUGAUUUCUAGCCUUCUUCUAUACUUAAAGUUCUUUCCUACUGCUGAAGAGUCCAUUGACUAUUACAACCAGAAGAGGUGUUUUGACGGAAAAGGGCUUGUUCUGCCUAGUCAAAUUAGAUAUGUAAAAUACUUCGAACGCAUCUUAACAUACUUCAAUGGUGAAAACCAACGAGGGCGUAGGUGCAUUCUUAGGGGAUUUCGGCUUCAUCGAUGUCCUUAUUGGAUCAGGCCCUCUAUUACUGUCUCUGAUCAUAAUGGUGUUCUUUUCUCCACAAAAAAGCAUCCCAGAACCGUGGAUUUGUCGCCAGAAGACUAUUGGUUUAGUGCACCAAAGAAAGGGGUUAUGGUCUUUGCUUUGCCAGGGGAACCUGGUCUGGCAGAGGUGGCUGGAGACUUUAAAGUCCAUUUUCAUGACCGCCAAGGAGAUUUUUACUUUUGGUUAAACACAACAAUGAUGGAAAACAGAAAGGUUUUAAAUACCAAUGAUAUUGAUGGGUUUGACAAGCGGAAACUGCCUUCCCCAGGAUUCCAGGUUGAGGUUGUGCUAGUAGAUUAUAAUGGCGCUGCUCCAACAGGGCCAAACAGUGAAACUGCUGCUGAGAAGUCAAAUGAAGGUUCAAGUGCUGCUCCAGCUCCAGUUGAUGCGAAUGCAGCUGCAGCUGCUCCAAAGCAAAAUAAAGACCAGGGAAAUGAUAAAGAUGAUGUAUUUUCAGACAGUGAGGCAGAGGAAUCUGUUUCUUCAAAACUAAGGAAAGCUCAAGCUGCUUCUGCAGGAGGAGGAACUGCCACCACAACCACUUCUAGUUCUGAAACUAAUACUAAAACAGAUCAAGUUGCAAGUUUAACACAUGCUACCGAACAAUUUUCUCUUGGAAACACAGGCUCACAACAGGUGCAUGCUGCUAGUCAGCCAAAAAGCGAUGCUGUUGGUGGAGCUGUUUCAAGCCUUGGGGCUAACAACUCAGAGAGUGAGUUCAAAGCAAUGGCUGCUGAUGCUUCUGUUUUCUCUUUUGGAGAUGAAGAUGACUAUGAAAGUGAGUGAUGAAAGAGAAUGCCGAUGCUUUCAUCGAAGGAUCUGUACAUAAAUUGGCUUGCAAGUUAUAGAUGCACCAUUGGUGUUGGUUCAAUCCUUUUUAUUUUUUUAUUUUUUCUUCUACUUUUUACGUUGUAAAUGUAUGUUUCUGGCUUAUCAGAUGUCUAUGCCAUAGUAGGCUGAAUGAACGAAUCAUUGUUGCAUUAAAUUGUGGUACGAUUUGUUUUGUUACUUACAUUGAUAAGAUGUACAUUAUUGGACUAAUAUUGUACAAUUCUGUUUCUGCA